CUCUCUCUCUCUCUCUCUACAUUCGUUUUUUAUCCUUCCAGCCCGGCUUAUUUUGUGGAUGCCAUUACUUUUCCUUGAAGCUCCUCAAAAACCCAGAGAAGGAAACCCAAUAUGAUAUCUGGAAUGAAUAGCGUGGUUUGGAUGGAAGAGAAAGAAGAUGGAGAAACAGCGUCAUGGACUCGGAACACCUCCAACAACAACAACAAUGGGGGUGUGGAGAGUAAAGACGAAGUGGGUACGCUCCCAGCAUUCAAAACAAUGCUUGAAGUUGAAGACGGAGAUUGGUACUUGAACACCAACAACAUACAAAACCACCAUGACAUCAGAGACCUCACAUUUUCGCCAAAUUUUACAGAUGCUGAGAAUAACCUGUUGUUACAACCAAUGGACUCGUCUUCUUCAUGUUCACCGUCAUCAGUUUCAGUGUUCAGCAGUCUCGAUCCAUCUCAGGUGCAGUACUUCUUACCUCCAAAAGCCAGCAUGUCUUCGGUCCUCAAUGCCAUACCUAACAACUCUCUUGAGAAUAGCUUCGAUUUGGGUUGUCAAACUGGGUUUCUUGAGACCCAAACCUUAAGUGCUUUGAACAUAGGAAGUGGGGUUUUGACUGGGUUCAGUGAUUUGAGCUCACAAGCCCAAAUUGGUAAUCCCAAUCUGAGCUCAAACCCUCAUUUUCCAACUACCCAUUUGCUUCAAUUGCCAGAAAACAGCUGUGCGGUGAGUUCUGGCUUUGGUUUAUCAGGGUUUAGGGGGUUUGAUGGGGGUUCUGGGUGUCCUUUGUUUUUGAAUAGGUCUAAAUUACUGAAACCACUUGAAAAUUUUGCUUCAAUUGGAGCACAGCCCACUCUGUUUCAAAAGAGAGCUGCACUUAGGAAAAAUUUGGGUGAUAAUUGUGGCCAUUUGGGGGUUUUGGGUAUUGAAAAUGGUGAAGGUUCAACUAAUGUAGAAGGUUUUGGUAAUAAGAUGGAAGUGACUAAAGUGGAUGAGAUGAAAUUGAAGAAUGGCAAUGUAAAUGAUGUGGAUAUCGAUGGAUUUGGUUUGAAUUACGACUCUGAUGAGUUUAUGGAGGAUACUAAGGUGGAGGAGACUUCUAAAAAUGGUGGAAAUAACUCAAAUGCUAAUAGUACUGUCACUGGUGGGGAUCAGAAAGGGAAGAAGAAGGGGCUUCCAGCUAAGAAUUUGAUGGCUGAGCGCCGCCGCCGGAAAAAGCUCAAUGAUAGGCUUUACAUGCUGAGGUCUGUUGUCCCAAAGAUUAGCAAGAUGGACAGGGCUUCAAUUCUUGGGGACGCAGUUGAGUACUUGAAGGAACUUCUGCAGAAGAUCAAUGAUCUCCAAAAUGAACUGGAAUCAACCCCUCCUAGCUCUUCAUUGAUGCCUACCACAAAUUUCUAUCCUUUAACACCCACCCCAACUUCCCUGCCCUGCCGUAUCAAAGAAGAACUAUGCCCGAGCUCAUUGCCAAGCCCCACUGGACAACCUGCAAGGGUUGAAGUAAGGCUAAGAGAAGGAAGAGCGGUAAAUAUCCAUAUGUUUUGUGGCCGCAGACCAGGUCUAUUGCUAUCAACAAUGAGGGCUCUGGAUAACCUUGGGCUAGACAUCCAACAAGCUGUUAUCAGCUGCUUCAGUGGGUUUGCAUUAGAUAUCUUCCGAGCUGAGCAAUGCAAGGAUGGCCAAGAUGUUCAUCCUGAGCAAAUUAAGGCUGUACUCUUGGAUUCAGCUGGCUACCAUGGCAUGAUCUAGAUAUCUUCAGCACUCAGAAUAAGAGUUCCGGCAACUCAUUUUCUUCAAAGAAUCUGUCUGGUCUUGCAGAUUCUACCACCCAGCCAGUUUGACCAAUCUGCACUUUAUUUCGUUGGUUUAGCUUAUAUAUUAUCUUCUGUCAAUCUUUUUUUUAACUUUUCUGGAACUUAAUAACUAGUAAUUCUGGUAGCAACGAAACCUGUAAUGCCUUCGAUUUUCAAGCUCUAGGAUGAGUUUUCCUUUGAAUGAUUUGUAGUUUCUGUUCUCCAGUGAUUUCUGUCUCUGUUUGAUUUGAAUCUCAAAAAAUAAUAUUCGAAAAUUAUUUUUG